AUGCUCAAUGAUCAUGAACCCUCGAAACGAGAACACGAUGACUCUUACCUGAUCAAUCGCUCUCGAGUCUCUGCUGUGAACACAUAUGAAAACGCGAACCUCGCUUCGACCACGCCUCGAUCUCGAAAAUCCGAGGAUAAGCUUGACUAUGCUCAAUUGAAGAAAGAUGCCCCGGGCCUCGUUGCUGCUGCCGCCCAUGCGGCGGUUCCUAGCUGGACAAGCAUGGUUCUAAUGGUCUCCCUUAUCUUCGGGGGCUGCUGUGCCAAUGUCUUUGCACUAGAGGCGAUCAUCAAAGAACAGCCUACUGCCGGUCCCUUGAUAACAUUCGCCCAAUUCGCUAUCUGCGCCCUCUUCACCAUCCCAAGCUUCUUAUCCCCCUCAGCCGGACCACGAGCCCUAUUCCUGAACCCACGCGCUAUCCCACUACGAUCAUGGGUGGUAUACACCGCUUAUUUUGUGAGCGUGAACCUGCUAAACAACUGGGCAUUUGCAUACAAGAUCUCUGUUCCACUACACAUAAUCCUCCGGUCUGCAGGCCCCGUCGCCUCAAUGGUAAUCGGCUACAUAUACAACGGCAGGCGCUAUUCCCGUGGUCAGAUCGCUUCGAUAGGUAUGCUGACAGUGGGUGUGGCGGCAGCCGCCCUGGCCGACGCGCAAUCCAAAGGUGUGUCUAUCCACGUCGACUCUGAUACGGCGGACACAAUGACGACUGUGACGGGCUUCACCAUCCUCGUGCUCGCGAUGGUCCUCUCUGCAUUCCAGGGGAUCUAUGCCGACCGGCUGUACGCGACUUACGGCAGGGAUCAUUGGAAAGAGGCGCUUUUCUACUCGCACGCAAUUUCUCUGCCCCUUUUCUUGACGAGUUGUCCGCAAUUGCUGGGUCAGUGGCGGGUGGUGGCUUCAUCGCCUUCUUUACUGUCGCAUUUAAAUUCGGAGCUGUGGGUGUCGAAGUGUGCGAUUGGAGGCACUGCGUUCUCGGUGCUGAGGCAGAUCUGCCAGAUUGAGGUUGUGAAGGCUUUCCUGGCGCAUCUGCCGGUUCAGGUGGCUUAUCUGGCGAUGAAUGCACUGACGCAGUACCUGUGUAUCCGAGGAGUUCAUCUUUUGUCGGCCAAGUCGUCGUCGUUGACUGUUACUAUUUUCUUGAAUGUUCGCAAGCUGGUUUCCCUGCUCCUGUCGAUCUAUCUCUUCGGGAAUCAUUUGGCGGGGGGUGUCUUGAUCGGCGCGACUCUGGUGUUUGUUGGGGGUGGUCUAUAUGGUUUUGAGGGGGCGCGUUUACGAAGUGUUGCCAAAAAGGCUCAGUGA